AUUCUGAGACUCGGAUCCGGAGCAGGCUUAUCCAAGUAGCCAAACACGUCCCAUCAGUAGGCGUGGUCAUCAAAGGUGGGAAUUCGCAGAACAGAAACGAUCGAUCGAUCUCUAGACUGUGAGAGAGAGAGAGUGUGGAAGUGAGAAGCAAAGUCAGGGAAGAUGGGAGGAGGAAUGGAAGCCCACAAGAACAGGUUCAUAGAGGAUUGGGGUGCUGCUAGAGAGAAUCUCGAGCACAAUUUCCGAUGGACUCGCCGCAACUUGGCCCUCGUUGGCAUCUUCGGCAUCGCAAUUCCCGUCCUUGUCUACAAGGGCAUUGUCAGAGAAUUUCAUAUGCAAGACGAAGAUGCAGGCCGACCAUAUAGGAAGUUUCUGUGAGAAUUUGACAAAUCCUUUGUAAUAAUUGUGGGGCUUGCGAAGAUGAGAACUUAAACGAGACCACAAACAUGUGCCUUUUCUUCUCUCCACUAAGCGUUUUUCUAUCUUCUCUUUUGGAGUGAAAAACCGGAAGACCUUGUAUGAAAUCAUUUGGUGUUGGACUUGAUUACAUUGCAGUUUAUAUUAUUGCUAUUUUUAUAGAAAGGAAUUGCAAGUUGUGUUGUU